ACAGUAUAGAUGAAGCUGCUCGGCACAGAACCCUGUGUUGCCAUGCCAACAGUGUAAGGCCUUUCGACAAGUCGGGAGGGUCAGGAGAAAGAGUUGUGAUAGUCCUGGGAUGGCAGGGGGGGGGUGCUGAAGAAAGGAGUGGACGCCCAGCAGACAGGAGCAGAGGACACUGGUUGUCUGCAGUGGUUCAGCUGCUGGCAUGGUGUAGGUAGGACAACGGCCUGAAACCUCCACAGCUAUGAUGCGCCUGCUCGUGACUUUAUGUUGUGUGCUACUGGACCUCAUGACAGUCCAAAGCCGUGUGCUCAUGCAGGGCCGUAUAGUAGGUGGUCAUACUGCUGCACCCAACUCCAUCAAAUACAUUGUGUCUCUGCAGAGCACCCGCGGCCAACACUUCUGCGGUGGAUCACUGGUUCACAGGUACUGGGUGCUGACAGCAGCGCACUGUAACAUCGGGGCAGAGCACAUGAUGAUAGUGGCGGGCGACUACAUCGUAAAUACCUUCGAGGGUACUGAGCAGUACGCUAAACCCCGUAGGCUGGUCAUCCAUCCCCUCUACAACAGGAGCACCAACAAUGCUGACAUCAUGCUCAUAAAGUUGCGUGCCCCCAUGGUGCUGAACAAAUACGUGUCGCUGGCGCCUCUCCCCAGACAGGGGACAGGACUGGUUGAAGGGCUGGUGUGUCGGGUGUCCGGGUGGGGCUACAACAAUCUGGGUGUAGGCCAGUCCCCCUUUACCCUAAGGACGGUCGCCGUGCCCAUUGUUUCAACUGCAAGGUGUAACAGCAGCGAGUCCUUUUACGGAAACAUCUCGACAAACAUGAUCUGUGCUGGCUAUAGGACCGGAGGAAAAGAUGCAUGCAAGGGAGAUUCUGGCGGGCCGCUAGUGUGUCGGGGGUGUGUCUACGGUGUGGUCUCCUGGGGCAAUGGAUGCGGUGAUCCUAAGUUUCCGGGAGUCUACACGGCCGUGUCCAAAUUCCGGCGGUGGAUAGAUCAAACCAUCUACGGGUCACACCUACGCUGUACAAAAUACUGGUGAAGAUAAUGAAGCAACUGAGAUCAUAAAAGUAGUCAUAUAUACCUGAAAAUCAUCAUCAAAUGUUUGUGACCAACGCGAGAUCUGUGGAAAAUGUGCAGUGCUUCCUCUAAACCAGGGGUCGGGAACCUAUGGCUCUUUCGAUGACGUGAUAUGGCUCGCAGACAAU